GUAAGAGAGCGGCGUAUCAUCGGUAUCAUCUCUACGCCCCCAGUUGUACCGGGGGUACUAGAGCCUGCUCCCGAUUCUUUGCCUCCCGAUCUACGAAGCAUCGCAUGAAGAACAAACUAUCGUUGCUACGGGAUCCGUCACUCUUUGCAAGCGCGAAAGAGGUUCGUAUUGCAUUGAUAGGUCGAUCAAAUGUGGGGAAGUCUACGUUGUUUAACAGGCUUAUUUCCGGCUCGGCCAAGAGCAUGCGCGCUAUCGUUCACAAACGAGCAGGCACGACGCGGGAUCGUCUUGAGUUAUGGCGAGUGUAACAUGGUACCAAGAAGAUAGGGAACUUGUAGAGGAAUCGAUAGGAUCUUCUUACUUGUACUAUGCACGAAUCGAUUUGGGUCGUGGCAGAUGAACCACGAUACUGCAUGAGAUACAACAACACCACACUCACUUUUCUAAUAAACGGAAGCGGAGUUUUUGGUUCCCUCAUCAUCCACGCUAUCGACACAGGUGGGGUAGAGGAUGUGAAAAAGACAGUGAAGUCCAACAUCCUAGCCCAAAUGCGCGCACAAGCGAGACAAGCCAUGGUAGAGGCCGAUGUCGUACUUUUCCUGAUCGACGCAAAGCAAGGCGUCACGCCUUUGGACUUGCAAGUGGCGAAGGAGAUGAUUUGGAAAAAUCAGUGUUCCUCUGAGGGAAGUGGCCCACGACGUGAUCAGUCUGACGACAGCUCCAACAAGAAGAUUGUCUUCGAUAAUUUGGAGGGUGGCGGUUUGAUCGGCGGACGAUGGCGUAAAGGGGAAGAGUAUGACUCUGAAGAAGUAGGGUCUCAACUUCAGCGAACGAAAACGACUGAUCAAGAACAUCUUCAGGUACUAAACAAGAAUUCAGUGUCGAAAGACAAAGGCGACAAAAACGCUAAGAGAAGGUUGCCGACUGCGCCUGGGAUGAAGCCGUACCCCAGACAUGAUGAGCAGCCUGAAAAGCCUGAUCCCCAAAGC